CUCUGUUCUUGUCUGAGGCCAGAGUAGGGUUGCAGCUCAUUUGUAAACUUGUUGGAGCUUCAUACAGAGCUUUAAAAGCAGAAGUUUAAGCUUUAGUUUGUAAACUGAAUUAAAAAUCACAACUCCAGUUUAACAUUAAACUGUAAGUUUAACCUUCAUCUUUUGUGUUUUUUUUGUUUGUUUUUUGUUUUGUUUUGUUUUGUUUGUUUGUUUUCAUCAAGCUUUCUUUUCAUAGCUCUCCAUGUCUGAAGGAGUUACUUAUACAGACCUAAAAUUCCAGGACUCCAGUGAGAUGAAAAAUAUUCAGGAGUUUGACCAAGAUGCUGUGAAAGCACCUCCUGCUUCUUCCCAUGUGUGGCAUCAAAGAGCCUUGGCUCUGAUUCUUCUGUGCCUUCUGCUGCUGAUUGGACUGGGAGUGUUAGGAAGCAUAUUUAACCUAACUUUGAAAAUAGAAAUGGAAAAACUGGAAAAGCUACAAAAUUUCAAAGACAUACUUCAGAGUAAUGUUUCUCUACAACUCAAGAAGAUCAAGAAUCUCUCUAGCACACUGCAAGAAAUGGCCACCAAAUUAUGUUAUGAGCUAUAUAAAAAAGAACCAGAGCACAAAUGUAAACCUUGUCCAGAGGAAUGGAUGUGGCAUGAGGACAGCUGUUAUAGAGAAUUUGAAAAGUAUGAGACUUGGCAACAGAGUGACUUCACAUGUUCUACUCACAAUGCCAGCCUGCUGAAGAUUAAGAACAAAAGUGUAUUGAAGUUUAUAAAGUCCAAGAAUUUCUAUAGCAUUUGGUUAGGAUUAUCUCCCAUAGAAGAUUACAAAUCUGAAAAAGAGUUGGAUGCAACAAUUAUCUCCUCUGACUGGUUUACAAGAAACACAAGUGACUUAAAUGGUAGAAAAUAUUGUGGAUAUAUAUAUGAACCAUAUGUUUAUUAUGAUUUCUGCACUAACAAAAGAAAAGGUAUAUGUGAGAAGUUAGCGAAUCCAGUGAAGAUUGAGAGCAUGCUAAUGAAUGAAGAACAAGAUGGAAGAAUGUUGUUAGUGUAGUUUGCCUGAGCAAUUUUAAGGUACAUACAUCUUGUGGACCUCACAAGUGGAAUAAAGAUGAUGUGAAACUAAA